AUGACGGGCGUCACCAAAACGGCUGUUGUGCCUAUCGAGGCCGUGCUCCUUACGCUUGCAGUCACCCUUGUUCUCGCACGAUUAUACCUUCGUCUGGUUCUGCAGCGCCAGACACUCACUGUUAGCGAUUGGUUUCUCAUUGUGUCGAUUCUCGAUGCCAUCGCGCUGUUCUCGACCGACACUAUGGCGUACAAGUUGGGCGGAAUGGAUGAGUACGACCCGUUUGCUCCAGAGGCACCAGAGGACCAGCAGAUUACGCUCAUGAAAGUUUCUUUUGCGGGCAACUACUUCUACGACACAGGCAUUUACUUUCCAAAGCUGGCUUUGCUGUCCUUUUACUUCAAGUUGAUUCCACCAACGAUGCCUUUGUUACGGAGAGUCCUGUACGGAACGUGCGGGCUGACACUGGCUUUCGCCAUGACCACUGCCUUCUUGGAUACGUUUUGGUGUGGUCCCGACGUGUCUGUUAACUGGGGCUUGGAUUCUUCCUGCUCAACUUUCGACUCUAAAUCAGUAUUCCGCAUCGAUUGGGGAAUGAACUUUUUGUCAGAUCUGUUGAUCUUUGCUAUUCCGUUCCCGCUUCUGCACGGUCUUCAGCUCAGUAAAAGAUAUAUUAUUGGGCUUGCAGCGACGUUCUCCACGGGCAUGAUCACAAUAGGAACCAGUGUGGCGAGAUUUGCCACUGUCGAAUCCAUCCAGGCAUGGACCAAUGUUUAUGUGCUAUCAAUGACAGAGAUGGCAGCCGCCAUCAUUGUGGUAUCGCUGCCAGCCCUCAAGUCGCUUCUGCAUCGUCGUGGACUGGACAAGUCGAAAUAUGGAACUGGCAAGACAGAGACUUACAAGAAGAACGUAACAGCAGCCAGCCGUAAUCAUUUCAAGCUCUCUUCGGGGACAGAUCCAUAUGAAGCAACGACACGAGUGGUCGCCGAGGAGGAUUCGGGCAGUGAGGUGGAGCUGAAUAAUCUCCAACGAUCGGACGUGAUUUACAAGUCGGCUCGCGUGAGCGUGACAUACCAAAAGCGAGAGGAUAUAUCGGAAUGGAUUCUGUUGACAGCCUCCUAUGUCUUCGUCGGCCUGCGCGUGUACACACGCCUCUUCCGCUUGCGGGAGAAGCUGGUCUUGUCCGACUAUCUUCUCCUCCUCUCGGCUUUCAACGCCCUCGCCCUGAUUAUAUGCGACACGUUGACAUACCAGAUGGGUGUCAUGGACAACUGGGAACCGUCUGUUAGGCUAUCCAAGAUAUCCUUCGCCUCCAAUUACUUCUACGAUGUUGGAAUGGGUUUUCCGAAGAUGAGCAUGCUUGCUUUCUACUGGGCCUACUUCCCCGCCGACACUAGCCCUGCGAUGCGCAAGGCCCUGUGGGGUAUCACUGCGUUCGUCGGGCUUUCGUACAUGGCCAUCCUCUGGGAUGACACAUUCUUCUGCGGCAAGGACGUUUCAAUCCAAUGGUCUCAGGAGGAAGGUGCUUGCAGCGUCUUUUAUGCACCUGAGCCCUUCAUCCUCAACUUCACUCUCAACUUGGCUUGCUACAUCUUUGUCUAUGUGCUCCCUCUUACCCUCUUGAUUCAGGGCGUUCUGAAGCCGUCGGCGGGUCUCAAUUUCACCCUUGCCCUUGGUCUUUUGACCAUCUUCACCACUAUCGUCCGUUUCAUCACCCUCAAGGUCGGAACAGGACAGGAGAACCUUGUCUACCCUCUCAGUGUCCUCGAAAUGACGCUUGCCAUCACUGUCGUUGCCCUUCCUGGCCUGAAGCCUCUCUUGGAUGGCCGGUCUAAGAGCCCAUCAAUCGAUACCGUCGAAGUCGAAAAUCAGGAGAAGAACUUCUCAUGA